UAACUGAGCAGUGUGGUUUUUGGCAGCCAACCUAGAUUUAGUCUUAGUUUUAGUAUUUUGGACUAAAACGCUGAUUAGUUUUAGUCAUUUCAUCAUGUGAUAGUUUUAGUCCAAUUUUAGUCGAACUCAAAAAAGUUUUAGUCAGUUUUAGUUUAAAAAAAAAAAAAAAAGAAGUAUAGUCUUUUAACAAAUCCAUUUUGGUCAAUAAGUAUUGGAGAUUACUGUUGGGCAGAAACCUUUAAUCUCCAUAAUUCAACUUUUCAACUGUUUUUUUCAUGAAUUGAUGCCGACUUCAUCAUACAACAGUGUCACACAUAAGUUUGACAUGAAAUUUCCUCCGCCGGUAGUGCGCCACGACCGACUCUACUAAAAAAAAGGGGCGUCAACAAAAUAAUUUCCUCAUCGUCAUCGUUGACGAAAACAACACUGUAACUGAGUGGACGUGAUGUUUUUACUGUGAAGCUCAUGAAUCUCACGUCACUGACUCUUGUUCAGUGACUGAGGUUUUUACACAGAAUGAAUUGACCCUGUAGUGACUUAGCGAGGCUUAAAUGUCUGGUGUAAUACUGCAAACUUGUCUUAUUAUGGGAUGUGAACAUGUCCUGGUUACUCUGAACACGUGAAGAAGGCCCAACCCGUUUGAAGCAGCUCUGCUGACACAGUAUGAAUGCUGACAUCUGCUGGUUGACAUGUGAUAUUACACACUGGAAUCAGCGCUAACUUUUGUUUGUAGUGAGGCUUUAUCAUUAACAUGAACAAACUGGAAUCUCUCAGAUAAGUAUGAUUUAAAACAGCAGAGAGCAGCACCUGUGAUCCCAAGAGUCUGCUCCAAUCUCUGCAGUAGAAUAUUAUGAUCAAUGGUGUCAAAUGCAGCACUAAGAUCUAACAGGACAAGUAAAGAAACUAGACCAUUAUCUGAAGCCAAGAGAAGAUCAUUACUAACUUUAACUAGUGCUGUUUCUGUGCUGUGGUUUAAUCUAAAACCUGACUGAAAAUCUUCAAACGGGCCAUUAAUGCGCAAAUAUUCACAUCAUUGAUUAGCAACUGCCUUUUCUAAGAUUUUAGAAACAAAGGGAAGAUUAGAUAUAGGUCGGUAAUUAGCUAAAAUAUCUGGGUCAAGGGUCGCUUUUUUGAGAAAGGGUUUAAUAACUGCUAUUUUAAACAUUUGGGGCACAUAUCCAGUCAAUAAGGAUAGAUUAAUUUGAGUCAAUAUAGAGCUGUUAAUUAAAGGAAACACAUCUUUAAACAGUUUGGUGGGGAUAGGAUCUAACUGACAGGUUGAUGGUUUAGAUGAUGAAACUAAUGAUGUUAACUCAGGGAGAUCUAUAGGGGAGAAACUGUCUAAUUGUGCACCUGGUGCUUCUAAAGCUCUUGUGCUAAAAGAUGAGUCAGUCCCAAUAUGAGGGAGGAGAUGAUCCAUUUUUUCUCUAAUUGAUGUUAUUUUAGUCACAAAAAAGUUCAUAAAGUCAUCACUGCUCAGUGUUAAAGGAAUAGAUGGUUCAGUGGAGCUGUGGCUCUGUGUCAGCCUGGCUACACUGCUGAAAAUAAAUCUAUGAUUAUUCUUAUUUUCUUCAAUUAAAGAAGAAUAAUAGGCCACUCUAGCUUUGUGUAGGGCUUUUUUGUAAGAUACAAAACCAUCUUUCCAGGCUAUAUAAUAUUCCUCUAGGUUAUUGGAACGCCAUUUUCUUUCUAAUCUACGUAACGUCUGUUUAAGAGCACGACUUUGGAGUUAAACCAUGGUGCUCGUCUCAUCUGAUUCACCACUUUCUUUUUCAGAGGGGCAACACAAUCUAAUGUAGUACGCAGUGAGGCUGCUGUACUAUCAACAAGGUUAUCUAUGAGGGCGGGAGUAAAAUCACAAAAGCAGGUGGCGCUCUGCUAUGAAUCAGAUCAAGGACAGUGAAGAGGAAGCUCCGCCCUCUAAAACCACUCUGUGUGAGGAACAUGAGGGUCAGAGGAGGAUCCAUCAACAGGGACCAGACUCUGCCAGACCUGGACCUGGACCCAGCUGUGUGUCCAUGAAGAGUGACCAGUCUAUAGAUCGUUAUAUUAACUUCAAGGAAGGACAAAAACAUGGUGAACUGAUAGUUGAUCAGCAGAGGACAGAGGUUCUCAGUGGUCAGUCUGUCCAGCAGCAUGGAGCAGACCUGGACUCCAUAUUUAAGCUGCUGGAGGAGAACAUCAUCUGCUUUGUGAAGAACGAGCUGAAGAAGAUCCACAAGGUUCUGGAUACAGAUCACACAGAAGUCUCAGAGAGUCAGAGGGAGGAUGAGGAGCAGAGGAGCAGCAGAGAGGCCUUUCUGAAGAUCACAGAGGACUUCUUAAGGAGGAUGAAGCAGGAGAAGCUAGCUGACAAAAUCAGAGCUCCAGCUUGUCGACGUGAACUCAAAUCAAACCUGAAGAAGAAGUUCCAGUGUUUGUUUGAGGGCGUGGCUAAAGCAGGAAACCCCACCCUUCUGAAUGAAAUCUUCACAGAGCUCUACAUCACAGAGGGAGGGACUGGAGAGGUCAAUGAAGAACAUGAGGUCAGACAGAUUGAAAGAGCUUCCUGGAAACCAGACAGACCAGAAACAUCCAUCAGACAAGAAGACAUCUUUAAAGCCUCGGCUGGAAGAGGCGGACCAAUCAGAAGAGUGAUGACAAAGGGCGUGGCUGGCAUUGGGAAAACAGUGUUAACACAGAAGUUCACUCUGGACUGGGCUGAAGACAAAAGCAACCAGGACGUACAGCUCAUGUUUCCCUUCACCUUCAGAGAGCUGAAUGUGCUGAAAGAGAAGAAGUUCAGUUUGGUGGAACUCAUCCAUCACUUCUUCACUGAAACCAAAGAAGCAGGAAUCUGCAGGUUUGAAGACUUUAAGGUGGUCUUCAUCUUUGAUGGUCUGGACGAGUGUCGACUUCCUCUGGACUUCCACAACACUGAUAUCCUGACUGACGUCACAGCGUCCACCUCAGUGGACGUGCUGCUGACAAACCUCAUCAGGGGGAAACUGCUUCCCUCUGCUCGCCUCUGGAUAACCACACGACCUGCAGCAGCCAAUCAGAUCCCUCCUGACUGUGUGGACAUGGUGACAGAGGUCAGAGGGUUCACGGACCCACAGAAGGAGGACUACUUCAGGAAGAGGUUCAGAGAUGAGGAGCAGGCCAGGAGGAUCAUCUCCCACAUCCAGACAUCACAGAGCCUCCACAUCAUGUGCCACAUCCCAGUCUUCUGCUGGAUCACUGCAACAGUUCUGGAGAACAUGUUCAAAACCAGAGAUGGAGGAGAACUGCCCAAGACCCUGACUGAGAUGUACAUCCACUUCCUGGUGGUUCAGUCCAAAGUGAAGAAGGUCAAAUAUGAUGGAGGAGCUGAGACAGAUCCACACUGGAGUCCAGAGAACAGGAAGAUGAUUGAGUCUCUGGGGAAACUGGCUUUUGAGCAGCUGCAGAAAGGAAACCUGAUCUUCUAUGAAUCAGACCUGUCAGAGUGUGGCAUCGAUAUCACAGCAGCUUCAGUUUACUCAGGAGUCUUCACUCAGAUCUUUAAAGAGGAGAGAGGCAUGUACCAGGACAAGGUUUUCUGCUUUGUCCAUCUGAGUGUUCAGGAGUUUCUGGCUGCUCUUCAUGUUCAUCUGACCUUCAUCACCUCUGGAACAAAUCUGUUGUCAGAAGAACCAACAACGAGCCAGCGGUCCAUACAAACAAACAAACCUGAACUGAAUCAUCUGCACCAGAGUGCUGUGGACGAGGCCUUACUGAGUCCAAAUGGACACCUGGACUUGUCCCUCCGCUUCCUCCUGGGUCUUUCACUGGAGACCAAUCAGGAGCUCUUAAGAGGUCUACUGACACAAACAGGAAGUGGUUCACAGACCAAUCAGGAAACAUUUGAGUACAUCAAGAAGAAGAUCAGUGAGAAUCUGUCAGCAGAGAGAAGCAUCAACCUGUUCCACUGUCUGAAUGAACUGAACCAUCGUUCUCUUGUGGGUGAGAUCCAAUGGUUCCUGAGAUCAGGACGCCUGUCUACAGAGACACUGUCUCCUGCUCAGUGGUCAGCUCUGGUCUUCAUCUUACUGUCAUCAGGAAAAGAUCUGGAAGAGUUUGACCUGAAGAAAUACUCUGCUUCAGAGGAGGCUCUUCUGAAGCUGCUGCCGGUGGUCAAAGCCUCCAACAAAGCUCUACUGAGUGGCUGUAAACUCUCAGAGAGAAGCUGUGAAGCUCUGUCCUCAGUCCUCAGCUCUGUGUCCUCUCAUCUGAGACACGUGGACCUGAGUAACAAUGACUUGCAGGAUCAAGGAGUGAAGCUGCUGUGUGAUGGACUGAAAAGUCCUCACUGUUCUCUGGAGACUCUCAGUCUGUCAGGUUGUCUGGUCUCAGAGGAAGGAUGUUCUUCUCUGACCUCAGCUCUGAACUCCAACCCCUCCCAUCUGAGAGAACUGGACCUGAGCUACAAUCAUCCAGGAGACUCAGGAGAGAAGCUGCUGUCUGCUGGACUGAAGAGUCCUAACUGGAGACUGGACACUCUCAGGAUGGACCAUGCUGGAGAGCAGAGGUUAAAACCUGGUGUCAGGAAGUAUUCAUGUGAACUGGAACUGGACACAAACACAAUGCACAGAAAACUCAAACUGUCUGACGACAACAGGAAAGUGACCUGUGUGACAAAAGAUCAGUCGUAUACUGAUCAUCCAGACAGAUUUGAGUCCUGGUUUCAGCUGCUGUGUAGACCUGGUCUGACUGGUCGCUGUUACUGGGAGGUCGAGUGGAGAGGAAGAGUUAAUAUAUCACUGAGUUACAGAGGAAUCAAGAGGAAAGGCAGCAGUUUUGACUGUUUGUUUGGACAUAAUGAUCAGUCCUGGAGUCUGAGGUGCUCUGAUGAUGUUCAUGGUAACUUUGUCCGUCACUAUGGGACACAAACACCCAUCAUGUCCUCUGUCUCUCACAGAGUAUCAGUGUAUGUGGACUGUCCUGCUGGGACUCUGUCCUUCUACAGCGUCUCCUCUGACUCACUGAUCCACCUCCACACCUUCAGGACCACAUUCACUGAACCGGUUUAUCCUGGGUUCCUGGUCUGGCAUGGUUCCUCAGUGUCUCUGUGUCCUCUGUAGGACAUGAAGAGACAGCAGCUUCAGUGGUGGACGAGGUCAAAGCUCGUCUCAGUCAUUCUUUGUUGAAACCAUCAAUAAAUAAAGACUUAAAAAAUCAA